CAACUAAUAAAGCGUGCAGACCAAUGUUGACUGGGCUUCCAAGUCAAUCAUUAUCAUCUAUUAGCUGGAUAGCUUGGAUUACGGCGCCUAUUUUGAUAUUGUCACUUGGACAGUCUAUUCUGAAUCCAAGCAAUUGGUCAUGGAUCAAACUGUUUGACUAUUUGUUGUUUACUAGUAGGAUGAUUAUCACUUGGUCAGUCUUGGCGACACUUUAUCCGAUUGGUAGCCCAGGAAUGCUGUAUUGCAGAGUGGUUGGAACAUUGCUUUUUUUUUCACUGAUCAAGCCAUCGCUGCAUGGUUACCAAGGUAACCAUUGCCUAACCUUGAAAUCGAUCGCGAUCAGUUGAUCUUAUGCGCAUAAGUUCAAAAAUUG